GGUGGCUUGACAGCUAGCUGGCGUUAGCAAUAGAGUUUGCUAGCCUUAAAAGCAUUUCACCACAAAAAACUGGUUUAUGAUAUAAACUUAUCAUGCAGAAUCGCUGCGCUGUGCCGAAUUGUACUAGUGAUACAUCCGACCCACAGCCACUCUUCAGGUUUCCGCAUGAUCCAGAAAGGUCUAAGAAGUGGGUUGAAAAAUGCCAGAGGCAAGAUCUCACAGACAAAUCACCAGACCAGUUGUACAGGUACUACAGGCUCUGCGGAAAACAUUUUGAAGCCUCUUCAAUCCAUAGUGACACUCAGAGUGCAGUGUUGAAGGAUGAUGCCGUACCAACUAUUUUUGAUGGGCCAAGCCAACCUCAGAACGGGCAGGUGAAGCGCAGUAGAGAGACGACCAAAGAUGACAAAACAGAGAAUAAGGGGAGAAAAAAAAUGAAAAAGUCUCAAGCAGAGACAGCUAAGGAAGAAGUCGAGGCACUCCCAGAGGAGGAAGAGUACAAAGAGUAUCUCAAGUCAUUAUUUGAAGUUCUGAUACUGCUGGGAGAGCAAAGCAUUCCACUGACAGGGCCUGGUGGUGAUAAAGAGGAUGGCCUUGCGUCCAGCAACUUUCAGGCAUUGUUAGAAUAUCGCAUGAAUUGUGGAGAUGAAAUCCUUAAGAAGAGGUACGGCGUGAAUAAGGAGUGCUCCUCCUCAGCUCAGCUGAAUCAGUUUAUUGAGGUGCUCGAGAAAUGCAUCCACAGUAAGCUGAUGGAAGAAGUUAAACAAAAUGGCUUUUUCUCAUUACUUACCGACGAUUUGGUCAAGAUCUCAGGAGAGUGGUACCUCCCCGUCUUUCUCCGAUAUGUGGACCAGUCUAACUGCCAGCGGGAGAGGUUUGUUGGAUUCUUGUCCUUUGAAGGAGACGGAGACGUCCUAGCAGAGAAACUGCUGUCUGAAAUGACUGACAAAUGGGGUUUGGAUAUGGAACAGUGUAGAGGUCAAGCCCACUCAUACUCUGGGACUCACUUUAGUAAAGUAAAAACAUUUGCUGCCAAACUGAUGGAGAGGUACCCAAUGGCAGUGCUUACGCUAAGAUCUACUCGUGCAUUGAACGUGUCAUUGGCAAGUGGUAUGGCUUUGUCAGGCGUUCAGCUUGUCAUGUCAACCUUUAAGAAGAUUGAGUCAUUCUUCAGUCAGUCCCCUUCGCUGCAGUCGGAGUUGGAGCACGCCGUUUCGAUUUUCUUCCCAGACAAAGAGGAAAAAGCCAAGGAACUGAAAGAGAUCUGUCAACCCGGCUGGACCAGACGACAUGAUGCGUUCGAGGUGGCAGUGGAAAUCCUGGAGGCGUUACUACUCUGUGUGGACAGCGUACAUGACAACGAGGACAUGAGGUGGAACGAUCAAGUCACACACAACGCCCUGGAGAUUUCAAAAGCACUAGCUGACUUCGAGUUUGUCAUGACGUUGGUCGUGCUGAAAAACACUAUGACGUUGACACGAGCUUUUGGGAAAAACGUGCAAGGGAAAGCAACAGAUGCCCACUUUGCUGCCAGCAGUUUAAAAGCAGUGCUACAUUCCCUGAAGGAAGUGUCCGACAACAUCGAUGUGUAUCACGAGUUCUGGAACGAUGAGGCUGUUAUCCUAGCCGCUGCAAUGGAGAUCCCGGUUAAGGUCCCUCGCUCAUUCUUGAGAAAGCAUCAGUCACAAUCUGGAAGCAUUCGGCCGGAGAGUUACUACAAGGAGCACCUGUCUGUUCCUGUGGUGAACCAUGUCAUCAAAGAACUGAAUGAACUCUUCUGUGAAGACCACCUGAAGGCUCUGAGAUGUCUGUCCCUGGUCCCUGCUGUCAUAGAGCAGCAUAAGUCUACUGAACCCGAGGAAGAGAGCGUGCAAGUGUUUAAAAAUGACAUCCCUAACGCGGGAACCCUCUCUGCCGAGCUGCACUGUUGGUGGGUUAAAUGGAGCAAAAAGGGCAAAGGCGAGACUUUGCCCUCCAGUCUCCAUGAAACGCUGCAGCUGGCCGAUGUGAAGUUCUUCCCAAACAUGCUUGCAGCUCUGAGGCUGCUCAGCAUCCUGCCUACCUUGGCUCUGGAGGACAGCUGUGACGUGGCGCACAAGCGCUUCCGGAUGUACACGGAGAACACGCCUGACAAAUUCAAGUCCAAAAGUCUCGCUCUUUUGAACAUGAACUAUGAUGUUGGGUAUGAUCUGGAUGCAGUCGUGGAGGUCUACAUGAAGACAUACCCGGACAGGGAGGAGGUGUCUUAGUUAUGAUAUGAUGAUGAUGAUGAUGAUGAUGACAGAUGAUCCACAGCUUUGUUAAUGACUUGUGCAGACUGUGUUCUCAUGAUGAGAUGCACGUCCUCGUUUUGUUUAGUUUUUAGCUCUCAUAGCACCUUUUUUUAUAAACUGUAGAAUGUAAAUGAUCAAUAAACUGGACUGCAAAGUGUUAUUGAGUGAUAGAUACCAGACAUGAAUUUUGUUUUUGCUGUGCUUGUUCUUCAUGCUGUCUUUGCGUUAUACUUCAGGACUCAGUAUUGAUCCCUGUAAACUGUUAAUGAGGUAGUCUCUUAGGGUUUAAUAAACUUUUGUGGUCAUUUUACAUUUUUUGAUUAUUUUUUGGGUGGUUUUAGUCACUGGAUUGAGUAGGAGUAGUAUUUGUUUAUGUCUGUCUCAAAUAAAGCAGUUUUCCUUCCAAGCCAGAUUUAAAGAAAGUACUGGUACAAGGUGGAUAUGAGGGCCAGUUGGCAUAAACCGGGCAGCGCCUAAAACAUCUGUAUUAGAGGUGUGUCCUGGAAAUUAAUUUCUACAUGUUGAGUUCUGUUUGACUUGUUUUCAGGUACAUGGUGAGUUGGGCAAAGUAGGGUGAAGCUUAUAGUGUCCUUCUAUAAAUAAGGCUUGCAAUUCUUAGCUACACCCCUGCAGGCGUCUGUGACUAUCCAUCUUGCGCUUUAGAUAUUAUACCUGUCAUGAAUGGAGUGUAUGCUUGUGACAAAACAGCCGAGUCACCGUCUGCUCUGAGACUCAUUUCCACCGUAGUGUUUGGUGUUAAUGAAAUCUGACAUGAUUGAAGAUGAAAACCCUUUGGCCCGGCCUCCACUGUUUGCUGCAGUGGACAGUAUUAAAUUGCUCUUUAAGCCAUGUCUCCUAGCAAAAUCAAAGUUUGAUUUUUGUGUUGAACCUUUUGUUGCUGCCGUCUCUUUUUGCAGUGCAUUGCUCUAACCUUCUAACCUGUGUGUGAGACGAGAGACGUUAUCAUCUCUUGUUUUGCCUCCAUUUAAUGAAAUGUGACAGAAGGAAUCUCAUUAUAACCACAUGAUUCAUAUGAUUAUGCUAAUAUGAAUGACACAAAAUAGUGCAUGUAGACUACUACUAGUAAGUUUUGAUAAUUUGGAUGCACAAGCUUUUUCGUAUAAAUAAAAUGAUUC